UCCUGAAGAGGACUCAAGACUGCAGUUCCUACACCUCACCGCGCCCUGCCGAGAGCAACAAACAAUAGCCCAGCCCGGGUCUGGAAAGCCCAACUCUCCCCUGAGGAUGAGCGGGUGGAGUUAUUCAACGUCAGGGAAAUGUGGCAUCUGAAUAGCCCUUCAGAGCCAAUCCAAAUUCUGACCAGGAAGGUAACUGUCGGACGGGUUCACCAUCUCUGGACUAAGUGGCCUGAAGGUCCCCGCCUUUUGUGGUGAAAAUGUGCAGGGCGCGGGGCCCUCGGGGUGGCGCUCGCUGGGACGAAGUUCCCAGCUGCUUCCCCCGGACUUCCUUUCCACUUGGAGUUCGUCGCUGGAUGAGUAGAGCUCUCCAAAGACCCCCUUGCUAGUUAGGAAGAAUAAUGGAAAAGGGCGCCUUGUCUAGAAGUCUGAGUUGAUAAUCCUGACUUGAGACUCAGAAAGAUGCACAGACAUCUAACGACUCUGAUUCUGGGGGAUUUCUGAGGGCCAUUCCUACGGAGCACCAUGUUUAGUCCUUCCUGAUCCCUGCUUUUGACUCGCAGUGGACCAGCUAGCUCCCUUUGCAGGGAGAGCUUCCUCCUCCAUUCUGCAGGAUUGUGCUGGGCACUGACCAACCAGCUGCUUACAAAGUGGAAGCACAGGUGGAACUGGCCUUUCUGUGGGAACAUCAGCCUUCAUGAUCCUGCCCAGGACACACGAAUCCUAUCUGAAGAACAAAUGUACCUGGUUCUCUGAGAUGGACAGUACAUCACAGAGCGGCCUCUCAUGGAGUCCUGGAAACACAGCUACUGAAUUUAUUUGGGGCACUGAAAGGAGCAGUGGCCACAACUGAGGAGGAGCCCAGUGUGCAAAGCAAGUGUGAAAGCCGAAUAGGCAGCAGCCUCAGAGAUGAAGAUCUGCACCUGGGGCCAGUGGACACCGGUGUGCACGUGGGGUUGAAUCACGCUGCCCUGUUGCCACAGGCUUCUGGCCCUGAGAACAUGACAACAGCCCAGAACGGCCACAGGCGAGUUGCUGCAAUCCCCUGUUCAGGCUUGGAACCGCCAGACGCCAGCAUGGUGAUUUACCCAGCCUGUCAGAACGGAGGAUGCGGUGGCGACACCGAAGCCCAGGACUCCAGGCUGGGCCCUGCUAAGCUUGUGCGUCUCUUCUCAGUGAGCAGGAAGAGGACAGGUGUCAACCCCGAGAGGCCCUGCUCCAUGGUUCUGAUGGGGCAGUCCUCCACCUGGAACACCCUGGCCUCUUUUCGGAAGAUGGGAUCUUUUAAAAAACUGAAGUCCUCCAUCCUUCAGGGAAUUCAAAACCGAGAGGGGCCCUAUGCAGCUAAGGAGGAGGCCUCAGAGCCUGAUUUGGGCCCAGCCCUCCCCAGUGGGACAACCGUGGUAGUCUCAGCAGGCAAGCGCAGCUCUUUGGAAGCUGCCAGUGGGCUCCCCCAGCCUGGCCCCGUGUCAUCAGAUGGCUCAGAGCCGGAGGAAGCAGACAAUGCCUUCCAGAGGAGCACGCACCGCUCCCGCAGCCUGCGCCGGGCCUAUGGCUUGGGCCGCAUCAGCCUCCGGGACUGCGAGCACCAUGGCUUGCCCUUGCCCUCUGCUAUCCAGGAGCCUCCAGUGUGUGCCAUCCUUGUGAAAGACUCUGAGAACAAUGGCAUCUCCUCCCAGAGGAACAAGAGCACGGACAACCUGAACUUCUGGAGGAAGGGUUCUUUCAGAAGGAAAUCUGCCUCCAAUCCCGCGGACCUCAAGAUAGGGCCCGACAGGCCCAUGACCCAACUAACGCUAAGCAGCUGCUCUGCAGACUCAGAGAAGCUCAGCGGGUCCGAGAGGAGGGUGAAACGCUUGAAGAGCCCCAUCAGGGCCAAGGACUUUGACCGGGUCCUCAGGCUGGUGAGCAGAGCCACAGAGGCAGCCUUGAAGCAAGAGGGAACCAGGAGCCCUGUGGCCUCCCCGAGGCCCAGGGCCUGCAGCUGCCUACACGAGGACUACUCUCGCCGGGUGUCCAGCAGCAUGGAGCUGGAACACAGGAGGCGCACCAUUGCCCCAGGCUUUAGCCCGGCCCGCCCGUGGGGCCCCCAGCUGAACUUGGAGACGGUGGUAUUUCCUCUCCAGGUCAAGAGCAUUGGUCCUUGUGCUGGCAGCUUACCGCCAAGUUCAACUGCCCAGGAAUUAUUGCACCGAAAUUCCCACGAACCAAAACCUGGCAGCCAGUUUAUAUUGGAACCUGAGCAGCAUCUCAUGCCGCUAAGGCCCACCACACCCAAGCCCCCUAGUCCUCAGAGCCCAGGCAUAGGAAAUGCCAAGUGUGCUAACAAUCUGAGUGUGUUGUCCCUGAGUUCAGUGGACAGUGACGAGAGGGCAGAAUGUCUUGUGUCCUUCCCAGAUUCAGUGCAAGCCACAUGUGGCAAAGGCAGUAAGGACAGCAGCUCCAGCAGCCACCCUCAGCUGAACCUCAGUGGGGCUUGGGAUCUAGAAGAAAAGGAGGAGGAGGAGGUUUUUACUGAGGAUUCCUGGAGGUGGGGCUCAUCCCUGGAGGAAGAAAGGACAGAGGCUUUGAGAAUCUCAAUCUCCAGGAGGACAUGGGGCUCUGGGAGAAGGUCAAGGCCUCGACCACUCUCAGACUAUAGCCAGUUGGCCAGCCCAAGUCUGUCUAUUCCUGAAGACUCCAUUGCUGUGGACCCCCAGAAGGAAGACACUGUAGACAGUGGCCACCAGCUGGACAUGGCCUCCAUGGUGCCUGCAGACCAGAAGGCUGCCAUGUGCUGCCCCAGAGGAGGCCAGAGAAGACGUCCCAUCUCUGUGAUAGGCGGGGUCAGCAUCAAUGGGGACAGCCAGACAGAAGCAAUAGAGAAUCUUCUAACCCAACCUGCAGCCAGGCCUCCUGUGCCAGCUCACCAGGUGCCACCCUACAAAGCAAUUUCUGCCCGACUCCGGCCAUUCACAUUUUCCCAGAGCACCCCCAUUGGGCUGGACCAUGUGGGACGCCGGCGGCGGCAGAUGAGAGCAUCCAACAUUUCCUCAGAUGGUGGCACUAAGUCUUCUGCCUUAGUGGAUGAUAAUGGCAGUGAGGAGGACUACAGCUAUGAAGACCUCUGCCAGGCCAACCCCAGAUACCUGCAGCUGGGUGGGGAGCUGCUGGCCAUCAAUGAGCUGAUCAGCGAUGGCAGUGUGGUGUGCGCAGAAGCACUGUGGGACCACGUGACCAUGGAUGACCAGGAGCUGGGCUUCAAGGCAGGAGAUGUCAUUCAGGUUCUGGAAGCCUCUAAUAAGGACUGGUGGUGGGGCCGGAGUGAGGACCGGGAAGCCUGGUUCCCUGCCAGCUUCGUCAGAUUGCGAGUCAAUCAGGAAGAGCUGUUGGAGAAUUCCAGCAGCACCCAGGGUGAGGAGCCAGAGGAGGAUGCUGGCAAGAAACACUCAGAGAACAAGCACCAGAUGAGGACCAAUGUCAUCCAGGAAAUCAUGAACACUGAGCGGGUGUACAUCAAGCACCUCAAGGACAUCUGUGAGGGCUAUAUUCGGCAGUGUCGCAAGCAUACGGGAAUGUUUACUGUUGCACAACUAGCCACCAUUUUUGGAAACAUUGAAGACAUUUACAAAUUCCAAAGAAAGUUCCUAAAAGACCUUGAGAAACAGUAUAAUAAAGAGGAACCUCAUUUAAGUGAAAUAGGAUCCUGCUUUCUUCAACAUCAAGAGGGUUUUGUGAUCUAUUCUGAGUACUGUAACAACCACCCCGGCGCCUGUGCCGAGCUGUCCAACCUGAUGAAGCAGGGCAGGUACCGGCACUUCUUUGAGGCCUGCCGCCUGCUGCAGCAAAUGAUGGACAUUGCUAUUGAUGGCUUCCUGCUCACACCUGUGCAGAAGAUCUGCAAGUACCCACUGCAGCUGGCGGAGCUGCUCAAGUACACCACGCAGGAGCACAGUGAUUACAGUAACAUAAAGGCAGCAUAUGAGGCCAUGAAGAAUGUAGCCUGUUUGAUCAAUGAACACAAACGCAAACUGGAAAGCAUAGACAAGAUAGCGCGGUGGCAGGUGUCCAUCGUAGGUUGGGAGGGGCAGGACACUUUAGACCGAAGCUCAGAAUUGAUCCAUUCUGGGGAGCUGACCAGGAUCACUAAGCAAGGCAAGAGUCAGCAGCGGACAUUCUUUCUGUUUGACCACCAGCUGGUGUCCUGCAAGAAGGACCUGCUGCGCAGGGACAUGCUCUAUUACAGGGGCCGCAUGGACAUGGAUGACAUGAAGCUCGUGGACCUAGAGGAUGGGCGGGACAAGGACUGGAAUCUCAGUGUAAAAAAUGCCUUCAAGCUUGUCAGCAAAACUACUGAUGAGGUGCAUCUGUUUUGUGCCAAGAAACGAGAAGAUAAGGCAAAGUGGCUGCAGGCUUGCAAGGAUGAAAGGAGGCGGGUGCAGGAGGACCAGGAGAUAGGAAUGAAAAUUUCCGAAAAUCAAAAGAAACUUGCCAUGUUAAAUGCUCAAAAGGCAGGACAUGGGAAGUCAAAAGGCCACAGUGGAUGCCCCGAGGCCCUGCCACACCAGGGCUUGCACCCCAUUCAUCAGCGCCACAUCACCGUGCCCACCAGCAUUCCUCAGCAGCAGGUGUUCACCCUGGCAGAACCCAAGAGGAAGCCUUCACUGUUCUGGCACACCUUCCAUAAACUCACCCCUUUCAAGAAAUGAAAAGAGGGAGGGCUGCACUUCAACUGUGCACAAUCCAAGGACAGUCUUUGGACCCAGUGCUGGAAACUUCUUUUGAGGAUGAAUAACAAAGAGAAGGACUUGGGCUCACCUUCGGUGUUCAGAGACACAACUGUCUCCUUGGAAGGGGGAGAAGGUGGUGAUGCUUUCACAUACACAGGAACCCUCUGUGACCUGUGCCAAGGCAGCCAAGACCAAGGACCUGGUGACGUAUUCUAAAGUGAGUGCUGAACAGAGGGCCCUGCGAGCCUCACUGGUGACAGAUGCUGUGCACAGCCCAGGUCCAAAGUGCCGUGAGGAAGGGCAGGAUGGCGUGGCACUUUUGCAUUUGAUUUGAAGGCAGUGGUAGUCCUGGAAUUGGGAUGAUACUACUCAUCGCUGGCACAGGUAAGCUGCAUCUCUCUUCCAUGGUAUUAGGAAGGGACUUACUGCAUAUGUGGUAUCCUGGGUGUCAUCUGAACCUACACAGUUGCCAUAUGGCAGUGCAGUCUUCAUCCAGCCAGGUUCCUCUCCUCUACAGGCUGGAGGGGAAAGUGAGCCUACUGUGUGACAGGGAGGUCUGCAAGGCAGAGUGACUUCAGCCUCCUAACGGUAAGGCUAUUUUCCAGAGAGGGAGGGAGGUAGAGGAAGUCCUACAUGGGCUAGAUUGGCCCUUCUCAAGUCAGGUAUGCUCCUGUACACAUGCAGUAUAUGACUUCAUGACCAGAAGUCAUGUCUAUUGACACAUCAUAAACUAAAACUAUUCAAACAUACCCACUUGCAAUAUAAAAACCCAUUCCUUUUGAUUUUAUGGCAAAGUGAGUAUGCAAAUGCACCAAUCAAAAGGCAUUCUAACUCCAUCAGUUAUUCCUGGUACCCUUAACAAUUAACUUAUAAUGGCAUUUACAUUCCCCUGAGAAAGCAUGAGCUUGUGAGCAGUCCAGGUGCAUAUAUAGAGCCCACUUGGUUGCAUGAACCCAAAUAGCAGUGCUGACUGUGCCAUUAUUAGCAUGUCAGAAGGUUUCUGAAGAGUCCCUCUUUAUAAAAGAGAACUUAUCAAAAUAUAUCUAGACUCAGAGCAGUCUUUUUUUAAUGAGGGCCACAUGGUCUGAUACCUAUCAACGUUUUUUUCCUAGUCUAUAUUGUAAAUUUUUAUGAAAGUAACUUUUAAAUAUGUCUGGAAAAGACAGGCUCUGCAAGCGAGAUGCCAUUGUAAAUUACUUUGUGCCCUGGAUGGGAGGGUAUUGUAUGGCACAAGUUGUGGUUUUCUAUUUGAGAAUCUCUUUUUUGUAUGCUACUCUCAGAAAGUUGUUUUCCACUAGACUCAUGCUUGAGAAUGAACAAACCUGUACUGUCAAACAGAGGUGGAAUCUGAGUCUCUGGGUGUGCAGCUCCUCCUCUCCCUCCUCCUUCCUCAUACCCAGAGCUGUUCCCGAAGGAGGUAAAGUUCUGCAACAAGGGGACAAAAAUCCUGGGCCUCUCAGGUGAGGCUCAGAGCAGCAUCCUACAGCAGUGUCAGAAAGUCAUACCUGUCCUUGAGCCUGCUCUGUACCUCCAGGCACUCUUAGCAACAGCGCUGGGCAGUGUUGCUAGGAGGUUGCGCUGGCCCAUAGCCAGCAACCCCAGACGUUGCUGGGAAGAGGCUUCUCAGGAGGUGCUGUGUGUACACACAUGAGCAUGUGUGUUUCGUGUCUGAGAAGAAAUUUCAAUUUUAGUAACGUUUAUAUAACUGACCUUUUUACUAACAAAAAAUGUUAUGUUUUCUAAACUAUACUAAAUAUGCUUUUCAUGGGCCCCUCAGCAAUAACUGUAGGGGUCUAUGUGCUGAAGUAGAGUUCUCUGUAUAUACAGCAGUUUUGAACAGUUGGUUGUGUUUUGUUUUUCGUAUAGGAGAAUUAUGUUAAGGAAGCAAAGAGAACUAUUUGCUUAGGUUAUAUUUUAAAUGAAUGUUCAGUGAGUAAAGAACCACUCAGUGGGCUUCCACUUGCUAAUAUUUAUUAAUGGGCAAUAAAGAAAUGCUUUAAGUUCUGUGACAAGUCCUGACUUAUUUCCCAGCUGAGCCCUGACUUUGGUCCCCACCUCUUGCUCAUGGACUCCUAACAAGAACAGGAAGCUCAGACCCUGGCUGGCAUGUAGCUCAGUGGAUUGCCUGCAAAAAAAGAGUCACAGGUUCAAUUCCCAGAUCAGGGCACAUGCGUGGGUUGUGGACCAGGUCCCCAGUAGGGGAUGUGUGAGAGGCAACCACACAUUGAUGUUUCCUUCUCUUUCUCCCUCCCUUCCCUCUGUCUAAAAAUAAAUAAAAAUCUUAAAAAGGAAAAAAAAAGAAGAACAGGGAGCUUGGAUAUCCAGGCCUGCAGGGCCCCUGGGGCCUGUCAGCUCUGUACCAUGUGAGAAUCACCUGUUCAAAGAUCUGUUCUAGGUGGGUCCUGCUUGGGUUUUCAGUUGAUUUUGAAAACUGCUAAAAUAGAUUUAAAAGGACAGAAUGUCCUUUGACUUCUUUAAGUAAACAUGUCUAGCUUCAAUUGUUUUACCAAAUGCCAUGCCAGAGUUCUAUAAAGAAUAGAUGGCUCAAGUAGCCGAAUUUUGGUUUGCCAAACUUCCUUCUUGACUUAAGUCACAUGUUCCACUUCGAAAGUAUAGAAAAAACAGUCUCUAUACAGAUUAUGUAUGAAUUUCAUUGGGCAUUUAACUUUCUCGGUCUUUCUUUCACUCUUUUGAAUCCUACAUUGCACAACACGGUAGACCAAAAAAAGAAGAGAUGAUAUAGAAUUUUGAUGAACUUCACCUAUUCUAUCAUUCAUAUUUCAGAAUUUGAUAACUGUCGAAAGGCAGUUGCACUGGCUUUGGGUCAAGAGCAACCUCCUCAAUGUUGACCAUACCUAAAAUUUAGAACAACUUUGCAAUAGAUAAAAAAAACAAUCAUAAAAUAGAAUGUUUAUAAAAUCCUGGAGAAAUAGCAUUUUUUGUCUUUGGGCUGAAAAGUAGAAAAAGAGUGGCAGCAGCUUGCCAGGGCUUUGAUGAGACAGACCAUCUGUAUAGUUUAGUUCAUUUUCAGUAUAUCUGAUCUUUUUCACCUGGAUCUGAUAUUGUAGUUGAAAACAUUUCAUUUCCAUCUCCCCACUAUUUCUGAAUAUUAUUGUAUCUUUGUGUACCUAAUCUAGAUGAAGACUAAUUUAGUGCCUGUUCAGAAAAUCCCUUUGAUACUAGACACAGCAAAAGUGCAUUUCAUUGAAAAUUUGGUUCACAAUAGAAAUCUUUCAUAAAAGCCAUGAUAUGUGAUAUUUUAUCAGUUGGAGAUAAUAAUGUGCCCACAUUGCUGAUAUUCCUCAAUAAAAUCAACUCACUUAGCCAGAGUAGAAUAGCCUGACUACCUGGAGUUAGGGGGGAAAUUGCUGUAUUAUUUUUUGUUGAAGAGAAAAACAGAUGUGUCUCUCACAGGACUGUGUCAGCGAGUGUGAAUAAAUGUCCUUUCCAGGCUAUAGGACACAAACUAACCAGGACAAACUGCACACAGUUGUCCCCAGCAAUGAGCUUCACCUAUCUAUUGUUCUCUCUAUUAAAGUGUCACUUGGCUAAUGCUGCUCUCAGGACGGAUGUGGUAAAGUUCAAAAGAUUUUGGGAGAAAAAAAAAACUAUCUGACCUUGAAAAAUCCAAAAGAUUAAAUAUUUAAUGCAAAUGUACUUAGCUACAACAUACAUGACAAUAUUGCCCUUAGUUAUUCCAUAGGCAUCAACAUUUGUAUUUAGAAUACUUUGUUUGAUUCUGUGAUUUCAUACUUCAUUCCUUGUGUAAGUGUUAGAGUCAUUCAUAUUUGACUUAAUGUACUUGCAAGGCUUUUGGUAACCUUUUCAUUUUAACUCAACACCAAGAUGAUAUGAUCCAUGUGAGUUGUGACAGCUCCCAAACUGGGGAGCUGGCUGUGGACAGCUGAAAGAUGUUGUAUAAGAUCUCUGUGACUUGAAAUGUAUUUUUGUUGAAUGAAGUUUUUAUAAAAAUAUAUACAUAUAUUUACAAUGUUAUUUGAAUGAUUUAUUGUAAAUGCUGUGAAUCUAUAUUUGUUUUGUACCUGUAUAUUAAAAUUAAUUUGCCAAACUGUUUCUAGUAGUACAUUUGUAUAUUCGAAUAAGUUGUUUUUAAUAGAGAUAGAAGGUCAGGAGGGUUUGUGGGAUUCACAGUGCAUUUCUUACCUGGACAUCGAUGGAGUUCUUUUCAGUAAUAAUCUGUCCAUUAAUGAGCUAGAUUGGACCACUGGACAAAAGUGGGAGAAAGAAGGCUCUCCAUACCUGUCCAGGGGGGAGUGAAUAGGGACCACUUGACUCAAAAAAAGUCACUAAACAUUGGAAUAAAAUUGGUAAAGCCAAAACCUGAAAUGAGAAGUCCAAUUUUGUGACAGCAGCUUUUGCAUAGAUAGUAGAAGGUGGACAGUAGACAACAGAACAUGCCUCUUGUUUCCCUGCUGCUGGCCAAGGAAAGGUCUGGCGCCUUUGCUGAUCCACUAGUGGCCCUAGGCCUACUUACCCUCUGGGGUGGGGUAUAUAACAAUUUCCUCCUCUAAUUAAUGGCUCUGAAAAGCUAGUAAAUAGCCCAUUGUUUGCUGUGACUGUGAUCUGAAAAGGAUUCCUAUAAAGGUUGCCAGGCAGCUAGUUCCCCCGCCCCUCCCUGUUUUGUUUGUUUACUCUUACUAGCUGGAUUCUCCUGGAGCUGGAGGGAAAGAAGGGGCUUAGCUGGGGGUUGUGGUUCUUGGAGGGGUGAGAGUUCUGGGAACCAAAGUCUGCCUCUCAAGGGCUGGCUCCCAAGGACUCAAUCUGGUAACACACACACACACACACACACACACACACACACUAUGUAUGUAUAUAUAGGCAGGAGUGGGAUUAGAGGUCUGUGGCCAUUUCUUCUAGAAGAGUUGUGGGGAGGUGACCUAACAUGAGUCACUUGCCCGAUGCCCUGGAAAGACAUGCUGAAAUGUAUGAAUCCUCCAAAAGAGCUUACAAUUGAAAAGGGAAGACAGACAGGCACAAUUAAAAUUGAGUGUGCACGGUGCAACACAGGAGUGUUGGACUUCAGGAAACAAAUCCCUUCCUCUAGUAUCAGGGUAAGAAGCAGCAUACAGGAGGCCAGGCCCCAGUGGGACCCUGCAGGGUGAACCCUUCACAGCAGGGCCGGUGUGAUGCUAGCCAGGGGUGGUAUAAACUGUGUGAGACCAACAUAUUGAAGAUGGAUCAAAGAAGACCUUUGGACCUUGAUGAUACGCUGGGAUUUUGUUCUUUAGGCAAAGACUUUGAGACAAGGGAUGUUGUAGCCAAACAUUCUUAGGCACUCAUGCCAGUGACAGAGAAAAGUGCAGGUUGAAAACCAGAGGCAGGGAGGUAAUUUAGGAGACCAUACCCAGUGAAGAGACCAUGGGAAAGGAGAGGAGGUAGGAUGGGAAGGAUGCUCAGUGGCAACAGCAAGUCUCAGUCAGCCACCAGAUGUUGGGAGGAGAUGGUGGUUUCCAAGUUCUUCCUUGGGGUGACUGGUGGAUGUGUUAUACCCAGCUAGGAAAAUUACAGCUAGGGCAUUACCCAACCCUAAAUCUGCAGUUCCUGGAACAGGGUAAUGAACAAACAUCCGGGAACAAUUGGGUUUAAAAUUCUAGCCAAAUAAGGUAACUAACCCGGCCCGCCAGAAAGUGCCCGCCAGCAGCAGCACCCACCAAUCAGGGACCCUCGCCGUUUUUAAAUAAGCCAAUAGCUAACCGCCACCUCUGCUUCUGUAUGCCUUUGCUUGCUUGCUAGAAAAUAUAAAUACCCAGUAGUCUGUAAGCCAGGUGCGACUUCCAUUUUGUAGCUCUGAGUAGCUACGUGACUCCGGUCACAGUUGGGGAAGUUCGCCCCUGCGCAGGAAAAUCUUUGGCCAUUAAAAUUUUUAUCAGUUCGGUUCUGGA